GACCAAACUAACGCCUGUCGAUACGCUCCGGUUUUGAAUACCACCUCACUCUCUUCAGCCUCUCCAGCCUCUCCAGAUCUGUACCUUCCGCACGCGCGCACCACUCCAGACUCGCCUCCGCCCAAGAUGAGUGCGCAGACAGACCCCGCGCAGCGGGUCGCGAUAGGCAUCUCCUUUGGCAAUUCCUACAGCUCCAUUGCCUAUACUACCGGUGACGGAAAAUCAGAGGUCAUUGCAAACGAAGACGGAGACCGCCAAAUCCCGUCCGCGCUGUCCUAUGUUGAAGGCGAAGAACUCCAUGGCGGGCAGGCCAAGAGCCAGUUCGUCCGCAACGCAAAGAACACAGCCGCCUACUUUCGCGACUUUCUAGGCCAGCAGUUCGAAUCAAUAGACCCCUCACCGUGCCACCAAUCUGCGCAUCCCAUACAACAUGGGGACGGGGUGGCCUUUGGCAUCCGCGAUACCGACGAGGAUAAAGAGAACACCGUCACCGUAGGCGACGUCACCACCCGGCACCUCAAGCGAUUACGCAGCUCCGCUUCCGACUACUUGGGAAAAGACGUGAAUGCCGCCGUCAUCACAGUGCCCACCAACUUCUCUGACGCCCAGAAAGAGGCACUGAAGAAGGCGUCCACAGAUGCCGGGAUAGAAGUCCUGCAGUUCAUAAAUGAGCCCACUGCUGCUGUCCUAUCAUAUGAUGCCCGCCCUGGCGCGCAAACAGCAGACAAAAUUGUUGUCGUCGCUGACCUAGGCGGUACUCGCUCCGAUAUCGCUGUCGUUGCCUCUCGCGGCGGCAUCUACACCAUCCUCGCAACGUUGCACGACUACGAAGUCAGCGGCUUCAAACUUGAUCAGGUCCUCAUUGACUAUUUUGCGAAGGAGUUCGUCAAGAAGCACAAGUCAGCUGGUGACCCUCGGGAGAAUGAUCGAUCGCUGGCCAAGUUGAAGCUCGAAUGCGAGGCUGUGAAGAAGGCCCUCUCAAUAGGUACCACGGCAAACUUCUCCAUGGAGAGCUUGGUCGGCGGUGUGGACUUUACAGCAACCAUCAACCGCACACGGUACGAUCUGUUAGGCAGCAAGCUCUUUGCAGCCUUUACCCGCCUCGUAACACACGCCGUGGAGAAAGCCCACCUUGAUCCUUUGGAUGUCUCUGAGAUCAUACUCGCUGGCGGCAAUUCGCACACGCCAAAGGUUGCCUCUGCUGUUCGCUCUGCCUUCCCAGAUAGCACCACUAUCCUCGCGCCAUCCACGUCGUCAACCGCUAUCAAUCCUUCAGAGCUUUCUGUUCGUGGUGCCGCUAUCCAAGCUAGCCUCAUCCAAGAGUUUGAGCUGGAGGACAUUGAACAGAGUACGCACCCUAUGGUCACUGUCACUCCGCAUCUUUCCACCGCUGUCGGCGUCCUUUGCAUCUCCGGUGACGAAUCUUCGGGCAUCUUUCACCCUAUUAUUGACGCAGAAACGUCGCUACCCGUUCGACGAACCGCUACAAUCGCAACUCCACGAGAAGGUGGUGAUGUGCUCAUCAAAGUUGCCGAGGGUUCCCGACACAUCAAGGUCACAAAACCGGAGUCGAAGCCAAAGUCUGAGAAGGAAGAGGCGGACGAUGAGGACAGCGAUGAAGACGAGAGCGACGAGGAAGAGGAGUUGAGAGAAAAGACUUGGAAGGUUGGCAAGACGCUAAGUGAGGCUGCUAUUCGCGGUGUUAAGAAAGGUGGCAAAGUUGAGGUGCAGAUCAACAUUGGUGCAGACCUUAGCAUAAACGCUAUAUUCCGCGAGGUGGGCGCCAAGGGGGGCAUACGAGGAAUAGUCCAAGGACACAAAACGAAUGGUAGCACAUAGGCCGGGGGUGUCUUGGGUGCCAUAAUGACUAACGACUGAUCCGCUUGGCAAGUCGAACCGGCACGAUAUCAGUCUGCCAAGAUGGGGUCGUGUGCAACAUAGAUAGGUAGCCAGUCUGCAGUUUCAAUAAUCUUGUACAUCUUCGUUUGUGGACAACCACCAAAUUUCGAAGUCCUCAAAUCUAACAAAGAGCUACUACAGUCGAUGCUCGUGUUUGCAAAGUCAUACACUCAUCGGUUUCUCAAUAUUCUCAACCGAGGUCUCAUCCUCUGACCCAUUCCUGUUUCCGCCGUCCAUCGCUCAUAUGUCAUCUCUGCUGUGCCUGGGUAUGUCAAACCUUCGUAGUGCC